UGUCCAGAGGCCGUCCAGAGUAUAAAUUCUGGUUCUGAAGCACCAUGUCCAGCCAAGGAAGUCCUGGUGUGGGGUUUUCUACGACAACAGUCAGUUCAGUAGCUGUUCAGGCUGGGGACUCCAAAAUUGUGAUAGCUGUCAUAAAGUGUGGCAAGUGGGUACAACUUCAACUGGCCGAAUCACAACCCAAUCUUCUAGAAAUUGGUAGCAGUCAAGAUGAAACCAAAAAACUUCUUCAUGAUCAUGAACUUCUUUUGGCCAAGCUCAAGGCUUUGGAAGAUCAGGUAUGGGAACUCUUGCAGGAAGCAGACAAGACAGCUGAAGAGAACAAGGAUCAGAGUCAGGUCUAUGAUGCCAUGGCCAACACUUUGGGUGAAGCAUGGGCAGCCCUUGUCUCCAUGCUUGAAAGAAGAAGGGAGCUCCUCAGGUUGACCUCUGAAUUUUUUGAAAAUGCAUUGGAGUUUGCUAUUAAAAUAGACCAAGCUGAAGAUUUCCUCCAGAACACCCAGGAGUUUGAAAGUGCUGAGUCCUUAAAGGCACUUCUUCAGCUUCAUGAACAUCAUACCAAAGAACUCUUAGAACGAUCUCUAGCCUUAUUAAACAAAAGCCAACAGCUCACUGACUUCAUAGAAAAAUUCAAGUGUGAUGGACCUAAUGUGAAUCCUGAGUUGAUUCAGGGAGCUCAUAACAGCUGCCUGAAGAUUGACAGUCUUCUUGAGCUUCUACAAGAUAGGAGACGGCAACUUGACAAGGACUUGAAGCACCAGCGGCAAGAUCUGGGUCAGGUUUUGCAGUUAUAUCAGUGGGACCAGCAAGAAAAUGAGGUUACUUGUUGGUUUCAGAAAACAAUAAGAGAUUUACAGGAACAAAGUCUAGGUUCAUCGCUUUCAGACAAUGAGGAACUAAUCUGUAAGCAUGAGGAAUUGAUAAUAAAAGCAAAGGAGUGGAAUUCUGCUGUUGAGAAGCUGAAGAGUGAUGCACUUGGGAUUCUGCUGUCCAAGGGCUACGUGGAGAAAGAGCACCUACAGCUCUCUAACCAGAAACUGAAUCAGCUCCAAGGAGAACUUGGUCAGCUCAUGGCGGAAAGGAAAACUUGGUUAAGAGAGGCAAACGGUUUUUUUAGCAGCGCUCAUCAGGCAUUUGAUGUACUUGGGAGAGUCGAAGCUUACCUUAAGCUCCUUAAAUCAGAAGGUUUAAGUCUGCCUGUCUUGGCAUCGAGGCAUGAGGAAUUACACAGAGAAAUUAAAGACUGCACAGCUGAUGCUUUGCAAAAGGGACAAGCCUUAAUCAGCCAAGUAGACUCCUGUAGCUCUCUGGUAACCGGAGUCCAUGAGAUGAUGGGAUGCAUUCAGAGACGCGUGGACCAUCUGACCCAACGGUGUUCCGCGCACAAAGAAUUUGCUCUUAAGAAACAGCAACUAACUGCCUCAGUGGAGGGCCACCUCAAGAAGGUGGAAAUGUCAAUUCAGAAAAUCAGUCCGGUACUUUCCAAGGCAAUGGAUGUCGGUUCCAGCCUUUCUGAAUCAAGGAAGAUUUUGAGUAAAUACUUGGAACUGGAUAUCCAAGCUAAGGAGACAGCACAGGAAUUAGAAGCAGCUGCAACACUUGUGACAGAGAAAAAUGAAUUUGAGCCUGACAAAAUGGCAUUGCUUUCUUCUAAAGCUAAAUGGCUGGAGGAAGAAUUAAAAAUUCUUGACCAAAGCAUCAGCUCCAGGUCACAAGUCCUGCAAGCUUAUGUGGCGUUUCUACAGUCAUCAGAAGAGGUACAGGAGCAGUGUCAGGGCCUAAAGCAGUUUUACCAAUCUGAAAUCCUGCAGAAGGAAGAGGAUGAUGCUGAAGCCAAGCAUCGAUCUGACUCAGCUGAGGAGCAAUGGCAGCUAUUUUUGAAGAGGAGUUUUUUAACUCAAGACCUAGGGCUUGAGUGCCUUAAUUUAAUAAAUAUGGCAAAAAAGGAUGAAAUAUUAAAUGUGAAAAGCAGAGUACACUUGAUGGAGAACACCAUGGAAAGCCACAAGGCAGAAAGAGAAGAACUCAGCCACCUUCGGAUGACAUGGCAACUUAAAGCCAUCGCGAGCAAGCCUUUGAAACAGCAGUGGGGAGCAUUCAAAGAACAACUCAGAAAGACUACUUACAACUUAAAACGUCUUCAGGAAGCACUUAUGCCUGUGUCUGCCCUUGACCUUGGAGGGAGCCUCCAGACCAUUUUAGGUCUACAGAAAAAAUGGAACGAAAUGAAGCCUCAGCUCCAGCAACUGAAUGAUGAAGUUCAGUACAUUAUAAAAGAAUCAGAAGAGUUAAGUGGCAAAGGAGCCCCCAUGAAAGAGAAGUCACAACAACUGAAGGAGCUUAUUCACCUCCAUCAAACACAGAAAGAGAGAACCCGAGAUUAUGAGGAUAUCUUGUACAAGGUGGUCCAAUUCCACCAAGUCAAGGAAAAGCUGGGUCAUCUCAACAAAUCAAGGGAAAUGGAGUUUUUAGGACAGCCGAAGGAACUGGAUGAUGCCCAUGAAGCCCAGGUUCACCUCAGCCGCUCUCAGGAUAAGCAGGCACAGAUUGAUCAUCUCCAUGACCUGGCCCUUUCCCUGGGAGUGGACAUCAUCUCAUCAGUGCAGCGGCCUAACUGCUCUAACGUUUCUGCAAAGGACCUGCAGCAGCAGCUGGACAUCCUUGAGGGGGACAGCAUGAGCGGGCGUGCCAAGGCCGAGGAGUACGAACGGACCCUGGCCUGCAGCCUGGAGUACUGCACCACGAGGGACAGUAUAAACGAGCUCAAAGAGUCAUUCAAAGAUAUCAAAAAGAAAUUCAACAAUUUAAAAUUUAAUUACACUAAGAAAAAUGAAAAAGCUCGGAAUCUAAAGGCUCUUAAGAAUCAAAUUCAACAAGUCGAUGCUCAUGCUGAAAAGAUACAGGCUUUGAAAAGGAAAAUGGAAAAAAUUGAAAAGAAGACUUCUAAUUCUUUCUUAAAUUAUCCAAAUAAUAAAGUUAAUGUUCUUUUGGAAGCCAUGAAGGAUUUGCAAAAACAUGUGGAUGAGUUUAACAAAGUUGUGAUGGAUUAUAAGUUGAAUUUGGACCUGACUGAACAUCUCCAGGAGACGAUUGAAGAGUGUCAUUUUUGGUAUGAAGACGCAAGUGCCACAGUUAUAAGAGUUGGAAAAUAUUCCACAGAGUGCAAGACAAAGGAAGCUGUGGAAAUUCUCCACCAGCAGUUCAAUAAGUAUAUCAUGCCCUCAGUGCCUCAGCAAGAAGAAAGGAUUCAGGAGAUCAGUGACCUAGCUCAGCGCUUAUACGGUUUUGAAGAGGGACAGAAAUAUGCUGAGAAAAUCAUGGCAAAACACAAAGAAGUUCUUGAAUCUAUCACUGAAUUAUGUGUCUCUCUCACAGAGCUUGAAGAAAAGCUGAAGCAAGGAGACAUUUUAAAGACAAAUGUGAAUCAGGAAGAUUUUCAUGAUGACUUCAUCGACCUGCUGAAAGAACCAGCGAGAAAUAAGCAGACACUAUUCAAUGAAGAAAGGAAUAAGGCGCGGGGAGCAGGUGCGUGGGCGGCGGACGCCGCCGCGGAGGAGGAGGAGCGCGCCCGCUCGGGCCCGGGCCUCCGCGGGAGCCGCCGCAGGCCGCCGCCCGCCGCCUCUGCCCCCGCUCCCGAGGCCGCGGGAGGAAGCCUCCGGAGCCCGGUGCAGACGGCGUCCCCGCGGGCCCGAGCGGAGCUCGCGGUGGGGCCCCCGGGACGCCCGGGACACGGGACCGCCUCGGGCCGAGGGGGCGCGGUGCACGCGGCGGCGGCCCGGGGGAGCUGGCCGGGGCCGCGGGACCACGUGCAGGGCCCCAGUAACCUCACCCCGCCCCGAGGCGCGCUGCCUGGCGCCCGGGCGGCGGCCCCCCGGGAGGAGGCGGAGGGAGCAGCCGGCGGCGCUGGGGCCGGCCGUGCCCGCCAGGCUCCCGGUUUCUCCAGGCUCCUGUCUAAUGUAACCGUCACGGAAGGUUCUCCAGUGACUCUGGAAGUGGAAGUUACAGGAUUUCCCGAGCCGACACUGACCUGGUACAAGAAGGGCCAGAGAUUGUCUGCAGAUGGGCACUUACAGGUUUUACACAAGGAGACAAGACAUUCGGUGUUCAUUCCAAAGGUAUGUGAGGCAGACGCAGGCCUCUAUGUGGCUCAGGCCCAAAACUCUAGUGGCAUUCUCUCUUCCAAUGUCAUCCUCCACGUGACAGGUAACCACAGGCCGCCAAUCACAAGAAUAAACUGGAUAACACUGUGUGUCAUCUAUAUCAGUGUGUCCCUAAUGUACUGGGUACUCACGCAGUGACUGCGGGGUUGGCACCCCCAGACAUCAUUCUCACGAGCCUAAAGAAUGACACCGGAGUUGUUUAUUUUCCUGCAUCUCCCACAUCUUCCUGCAUCUCUCUUCCAAGUCUACCCCCACUCUGGCCAUUUUGUUUAUUUGACUAGUACACUGCUCAGUGAAAUAAUCACAUUUUCUUUAGCGUUUCAGUAUACUUGAGGAGCCUGGUAAAUCAUUAGUAGAGGAUAAGCAUACAUUUUUGUAUUCUAGAAAGAGAUGUGUUCAAUAUAAAGCCCAGUAAAAUCACACUAUAUUUAGUCCCUCCACAUGUAAGAGCAUGUACAUCAAGGCUCACAUCGGCAGAGAGAUGUGAGUUAUAUUUCAAAUCCAAUUGCUUGAUAAUGUGUUUUUAAUUGUACUCAUAAACAUCUCUUUGUAGAAUAACAGUAGAAAUAUUGAAGUGAAGCUGCCAUUUACCUUAUUGCAUAAGCUGCCCUUUCUUUGUGUUUCAUGUCUUGAUGUCAUUUGUUGAAAUACAUUCUAUGUAGUUUCAACCUCCUAAAGUCUGAGGAGGCCACUGUAGAUGAUCAUUCCUCAUGCUGAUCUCACGGGGUUUCACAAUGGAGAAUAGAUGUGCUGUCAACUUCAGAUGGAGUUUCAAACUUCUAGCAGCGGUGCACGUCAUAGAGCAAAACAGAGCACAAGCUGUAGAUGGACCAAGAUAAUUCCUGCCGUGCCACUGUCACGUUUUGAGCAACCUUUGUCCUGCAUCUUAUCUUGAUUCUGCUGCUGACCAUUUUUUACAGCCUGCGGUAAAGACAACUCAAUGCCUCAGUUUCCCAUUUGGAAAAAUGGGUUCAUCAUCUACCUCUCGGGCAAUUGAGAGUUUUCAUGUCUUAUAAAGAUUUGGAAAAUGGAAAGCAUCCUAUGAAGGCUGAGAGGGAUUACAUCGUUUGAUGCGAUUUAUCAUUACACUGCUUUCUGCCCACUAUUCUUGUUCAGAUGCUGUUUCUUUAGAAUAUUAAAGGAGUGGUAUUUAUUAGUCUGUGAUUUCCAACCUUUCUCAGGUGGGAAGAUGAUGUUUUAUGAAUUGGGGUUUAAAUUCCUUUCUAAUUUCUUAAGACUACGUCUUUUUCAAAGACUUGAAACUGAAACUAGAAGGAUGCAUUUAGUAUUAUCUAAGGGGAAAAAGUGUGUAAUAAGACAAAAUAAGGUGAAUUCUAUCCUUUUCUUAUAAUUAUCACUGUAAUACUGAGGAAUGUUCUAUGCAUUUCUGAAAUAUAUUAUUUAGAAAAGCAGACUUUUUUUUGGUUCCUUUUAAAAAUAAACAUAAAUGAGAGAAGCAUUUGUUUUUAAGUUUUAAACAUAGUCUUGUCAUGGUAGGGCAAAAUCUUUAGUUGAAAGCAUAAUUUAUUAUAGGUUUUUGAUGAAGGGAGGAAAUUCAUUAUGUUGCUGCGAGACUGUCUACAAUAUAAAAAUAUUUAAAGUAAUAUAUUCAAGUUAAUAUUAAAAAGUUACUGAAUGUUAUCUGAAUAUAUGAAAUGUGUGUUUGAGUAAAGUUAACAUAUUUUUUCUGUGUAUCAUUUUAAUUAAACAAUUAAAUCUCUUAAUUUCCUUCCAAAUUUUGACAGAAACCUAUUUAAAGUUUAUGUACAUGAUGUCCUAGGAAACUCAUAGUCUCUUACGUUUCCUAUCCUUUUUGUCCUUUUUCACAUAUUUAACAUAUUUUGCCUAAUUGCUAUUUCCAUGUUGAAACUAAAUAGUAAAAUCUAUUCAUGUCCAAAGAGGGCAGGCAGGCAAAAUGAGGUAACAAGUUCUUUUCCCACUCUCUGUCUCUUUUUUGUUAAUUUAGUAAGACCUCCCUUCCCAUUUUGUCAACUUGGUUGAAUUUGUGGCUUCAGGUUGUUAGGGCAUGGGGGUUGCUUGUUUGCUUUACAUGUUGCCAGUUAAAGGCUAAUCCUUUGGGAUCUAUCCAUCUAAAUAGAUGGAUAGUUAUCUCUAUCCAUCCAUGGCAUAUGACUAAAUAGGGUAUAAACCCCUGAUAUA